UUGCACUGGCUUCCUUGAUCUGCAUCGAUCGUGCUUCCCAAAUCGAGAAUUUGAGCAGUGAUGAAGUACGCGACGUCUGUAACAGACUUCCAGGUCACAGGCAUCCUCUGUCUAGCGAUGUACUCCAUUCUCGGCCUCGCGACAGCCUCCCGCAUCUACCUCCAUAUCCGCCACAACAGCGGCACUGCUCGAGUUCUCUUCCAUGUCGUGCUCCUCAAGGUCAUCGUAUUCAGCAUGCCCAAGUCCGCGGCGUACAUUUGGAUGCCCACAACUGAGUCCUGGAUCCUCACGUAUGUCACGUCCUUGUACGCGAUGCUUCUGCUCAACUUGGCGCUCUCGUACGUGUGUGUCGAAUGGGCUGGCGUCGCCGCCACCGGCCAGAACAUCGGCAUGGGGCCACAAGCAAGUGGUCCCUGUAGCCUCCGCAACGUCGUGAUCGUCGUGAACGUCAGUGUUUUCGCUUGGGCCGUGGUCACGUGCAUCAGCAUUGUGUCGUACCCAGACACGUCCGUAGGAGGAGAUGCGUUCCGUGACAGCCCGCUCCGCUCGGGUUUGGUGGUCGUAGGCUGCACGAUGUACUUGGCCACGACCAUCUUGUUGAUCGUGCAAGGGCUCAAGAUUCGGACGCGGCUGCUGCAGUCGCAGCGGUUUGUGUCGGAGCAGGACUUUAACCGAUCCAUGGUCAAGCUGGUGCUGUCAGUGGGCGUGAUCACGGGCACGACUUGGAUUCGGCUGCUGUUCAAGGUCUUGGCGGCGUUCGGUGUGUCUGGGUUUGCAGACAUGCCGCUGCUGCCGUUCGAAGUAUGGUCUGAACUCGUGCCGACCGUGUUUCCCGUGCUCUGUUUGCUCUACUUGCAACGGCGGCUGCCACUUGAAGCCACUUCGCCCGACACGGGGUGUGCUACGACGACUUUGCCCCACACCACCACGUCCACUCUCAGUGUCUAGACCUCCAAAACUACCUAAUUUUUCAUAUCUUAUUUAUAUUCGAUAUAGUCUUGGUCC